UUUCAAGGCCCAAACCAACCCUAACCGCAACUCCAGAGUUCUCGUGGCCGGCGUUCUGUCUUCGUUCUCUUUUCUCCCUGCGCCGGUUUAGUAACCAGGAUUUUGGCGACCAAAGUUCAGAAAUGGCUGCCGCUUUUGCUUCAAAGUUUUCCCGCGUCAGCCGUUCAUUGUUGGGUGGACUUGGAAACAAUUUGUCUACUUUAUUGACCGCAUCAAAGGAGUCAAUAUGCAGCAGUUUCAUCUCGCAGUUGCAGCAACAAAGAACUUUCAUACAGAUGAGAACUGUGCUAAAAGUAGUGGACAAUUCGGGGGCAAAAAAAGUGAUGUGCAUACAAGCAUUGAAGGGGAAGAAAGGAGCAAGACUAGGAGACACAAUCGUGGCAUCAGUGAAAGAAGCCCAUCCUAAUGGAAAAGUGAAGAAAGGAAAAGUUGUAUAUGGUGUAGUUGUGCGAGCUGCAAUGCAAAAAGGCCGCUGUGAUGGGAGUGAGGUCAAGUUUGAUGAUAACGCAGUAGUACUUGUAGACAAGCAAGGCCAGCCUAUUGGGACAAGAGUGUUCGGUCCAGUUCCUCACGAACUCAGGAAGAAAAAGCACGUCAAGAUUCUUACUUUAGCCGAGCACAUUGCUUGAAAUCAAUAAUCAAGUCGGAGCCCAAGGAUAGAAGGCUAUGUUUGUUAACUUCGUAAUUAUGUUCCCAAGAGCACAACCUUAUUGAGCUUUACUCCAAGAAAGCAAAUGAAUCUGCUAAAACCAUGGAUAAAUUUGUCUUUGGCAAAUGAUAGGGAAGUUCUUGCAGUUCUUGCAGCGGUGUUGCGUCAUUGAAAGUAGUUAUUGAUCCGUCUUCUGUUUUGAAUUUAAAAAACUAGGACGUGACUGGUUAGUUUUCAAACCCGGUUCGACUAGUAAGUGUUUGUCUAAGCAAAUAUUCAUCAGAAGCCAACAUUUAUACAUUAUACAAUUUUAACUCAAAAUUUAAGGUUAAGAUUGCACCAUCU